UUGUGUCUGUCUGUCAGACGUAGCGAACUUGCGAAAUAUUUUUGUAGGUUUUUCAAGAUUCCUUUACGUUGCACUAGAAUAACCUUACUCUAUUGUAUUAUAAAUUUACAAAAUACAAAAUGGGUUGCGAUGGUGGUACGAUACCGCGACGAGAUGAGCUCGUUCGCAUGAAGAAAAAGCCCGAACAGAAAGACAAGGAUGCGGAGAGAUCGUUCAAGUGGCGAAAUUGUGCGUUGUCGCAGCAGCCCCUGCAGCAACCGAUCGUGGCGUGUGGUCUGGGCCGCCUCUACAGCAAGAGUUCAGUACUCGAAGCGCUACUCGACAAGGAAACUAAGCCUGAAUCUAUCAACCACAUCAAGAAUCUCAAGGAUAUCAAAGACCUAAAGCUGACCAACAAUCCAGCAUACAAAGCAACAGAACAUACAGAGGGUGCUGUUGGUGAUGGCAGUGCUCCAUACAUCUGCCCCAUCAGUGGGCUGGAGAUGACCGGCAAGUUCCGUUUCGUGUUCCUGUGGAGCUGUGGAUGCGUGCUCGCUGAGCGGGCCCUCAAGGAGGUCAAGGGAAGUGUGUGCCAUAUGUGCCAGCAACCGUACACAGACAACGAUGUUAUAGUCCUCAAUGGAACAGAAGAAGACAUCACUCUACUUCAAGAGAAGAUGGCUGUCCGUGUUGCCAGCAGAAAGAGCGGCAAGAAAUCCAAGGAUAAGACAGAAAAAAUUGAAGUAAAAGCCGAACCAUCCACUCCAAGGACACCAGCUACAUCAACAGUUACAUCUGCAGACGUUGAAAAUGUUAAAGAAGAACCAGUAGCUGGAUCAAGCCAAGUGAAAAAAGAAAUGGAUACUAUACCUCUAUCAUUACCGAAGUUCAACCCGAAUAAACAAGCCAGAGGUCACUUUGGGUCGUCAAAGAGGGCUUACCCGACACAGUUAGCCGAUGACCCGUCUUAUAAAAAAACAAAGAAAGACUACAGUGUAGCAAAGGACCCUCAGACAAGCGAAGUGUACAAGUCGUUAUUUACGUCACAUAAGAGUGAGCAGAAACAAGAAAGAGCUCAUUGGGUUACAUACAAUCCAUUCUAUAAUUAAAUAGACUUUAAUAUAGUGUCUGCAAAAGAGUAGUAAGUGCAUUUGUUCCUUUUUUCUCAUCAAGAAAAAAGACUCUCAUCAAAAAGACAGAAGUAAAGAGAUUAGCAGAAAAAAAAUGGUGUUGUACUUCUAGCCCUUCUGGUUUAGAUUGAUGUUCUUUCUCCAAACCAUAAACUUAAGUUUUUAAGUUUGGUUGCACUAGACUAGCAGGGUACCUCAUUUCACUUCUUUUUUGUUUUAUUAUACUUAUUGAUAAAUAGAUAAUGUGUUUGAAGAAAAAAUAUAUUGUAAUUAAGUUGUAAGUAUUUGUAUAUAAACAAAUUGAAACACA